GUUUUAAACAACCUUCGAUGUCCACAAGUCAAGGUCUGUCUUGACGCCGAUGGAAGAGUUUGCUAAGGAUUAUGCACCUUGCAGUGGGGACUAUAUUGUUGGCGGAAAAUGGAAGCUGGUGAGGAAGAUUGGGGCCGGGUCGUUUGGCGACAUAUAUCUCGGUCAAAAUGUAGCGACGGGAGAGGAAGUAGCGAUAAAGUUGGAACUCAACACUGCCCGUCAUCCACAACUCUUCUACGAGAGCCGGGUGUACAAAAUCCUUCAGAAUGCUAUUGGCAUUCCCCGUGUGUAUUGGUUCGGUACAGAUUCUACGGAGAAUCGUUAUAGGGCAAUGGUUAUGGAUCUUCUUGGCCCUAGCCUCGAGGAUCUUUUUACAUUUUGCGGCAGGCGUUUCACUAUGAAGACCGUCCUCACGCUUGCAGAGCAGAUGCUUUGGCGAAUCGAUUACAUCCACAAUAAAAGCCUGAUACAUCGUGAUAUAAAACCGGACAACUUUCUCAUGGGUAUCGGCCCCCACUGCAAUAGGGUAUUUCUCGUUGACUUUGGUCUUGCAAAGAAAUACAGGGACCAUCGCUCAAGGUGCCAUAUACAGUACAGGGAAGACAAGAAUCUAACGGGAACCGCACGCUAUGCAAGCAUCAAUGCGCACGCCGGAAUUGAACAGUCCAGAAGAGAUGAUAUCGAAUCCCUUGGAUACGUAUUCAUGUAUUUUCUGCGCGGCCAUCUACCAUGGCAGGGGCUUAAGGCUCACACAAAGAAACAAAAAUAUGAAAGAAUCUACGAAAAGAAGCUGACCACUUCUCCGGAACAGUUAUGUAAGGGCUAUGCAGUGGAGUUUGAGAAGUAUCUGCACUACGCACGUGCUUUGAAAUUUGACAGUGCACCAGAUUAUCCCUUCCUUCGGGGAAUGUUCCGAAGACUAUUCCAGAGUUUGAACUACGCUCUGGAUUACGUGUUCGAUUGGGCUUUACUGCGAACAAAUAUCUCCAACCCGAAUCCCUCCACUGCUAUUGCUUCCGGCGCGAAGGGUAAUUGUAUUGACAACGGCGACAACAACAAACACAAUCACGAGGGCGGUGAUCGCAACAUGGACGCGACAAAUGAUUUGGAACUGAUGCGUCUGCUAAUGCCCAACGACCGUCGUGGGGGGACACACAACCAAGUCGGUCAGCGACAGCAGCCGCAACAGCCGAUGAUCCAACACGCUCACGUAACUAGUAAUGGUGUACAAAAUUCAGCGCUUCACUCACAAUUCGUCAAUCCUUCCGGCAAUACUGUCGGCCACCCUACCACUGGCCAUAAUCACCCGAACGCCAGCAGCGCUGGUGGUGGUGGUGGUGGUGGUAAUGGCGGCUACGGAAUGCGCUGUGUCCCAUCCGAGUUGCAUCGUUGAUCUGCUUGCGCACACAGAACACCACCAUCUACUUCCUUGUCGGUACGUAUCCCACCCGUCAGUGGUUUGCCCGCCGAUCCACUGAGAAUUCUGUCUGUUUUGAGCUCCAAGGCGCAGCACUCCGUUGUCCAGUUAGAUCAAUUUUGAUUAGCACUACUCGGGGUCCAAUUGAUUCACUAUAUACUCCGGUCAUUGGGCCACUGCGUCUGCAGCAGACCGACCACACACCGAACGUAUCAACCAUGGUUUCGGACUCAAGCCGCGCCCACUUCACUCAUUGUAAACUAUUCAUGCACGCUGUCUCCACAGCCGGACGCUAGUCUCUGCCACCUAGCAUUUGUACGUUGCUUGCUGUUUUGGCGCGUCACUUUGCUCCAGUAGUGUAAAUCAGUUCUUCUCAGACGUCUGUGCUUUGUUUUGCAUCAUUUAACCUGUUGAUUACUUGUUGUCACCUGAUGCUACUCCAUUCGCCAUCGAAUCAUACGCCGCGUUUCACUUCGCUUUUUUUCUUUCCACCUAAUUGCUUGAUCGUACUUUAGUGCGUUUGUUCAAUCACCGUAUUUUUAUCCUAGUGCGUUUAAUAUAUCUUCUUUUGAUCAUGAUCGCCUGUGUUAUAUCCUUCUCUCUUUUAAUGAGCUUUCAUAUACUCUGUUCACACCACUCUAUGUUACUGUCCCCUGCUUGGACGCAGCUCCCACUGUCCCCUUUCCGCUUAGCUAUUCCGGCAAGUUUUACAUGACUCAUGGGGAUAAUCUUUACGACCUUAGUACCUGCCACAUAAUGAUUCGUAUCCCUUACGUCAACAUCUGUUUCUCAAUGUAAAUGCAUGCCUCAUUAUCACUGCUUCCACUCAUCUGGAGAUCAGCGAACUAUUUCUGAACAGUUUCCAAGUAAUGGUGAUAUUUGUUCUGAGG